AUGGCGGACCAAGGAUGUAAGUAGCUUUUGAUGCUUUUUAGUGUACUUGAUUGCUAAAUCUCCAUCGAAUAUUGGCGAGAUUACCUAUUUCACAAGUUCACAUGUCAACUGAAAUCACUGAAGCUUUCCAUUGUCACGCUCGCGAAUUCCUUAAACAGUGUUCUAAAAGUACCGAUUCAAACGAUCCAAAGCCUAUAUCAUGUAAGAGAAACGUGUAAACUACUUCUUGAGGGAGGUAUUUAGUUUGUAGUACUUUUGAUCGACAUCUAAAGCCAGAAGCUCACACUUAUAAUGACAAGGUGGUCAUUUUGUGUAGGGUACACAACACAAUAUUUGUCAAACGUCUCGAAGCUUGCUGCUUAAAAAUAUUGUGGAGGCAGCGGCUUUGUAGCCAUCAUUUUACUGAGGAAGUGGUUGCACACGAGUAUCCCAAAAGAGUGUCUGGUCAAAAGCACGGAGAAGUUGAUCAGGGUUACCGAAUAAAGCGUCGGCUGGCAAAAAUUUCCUUCUGUGAUAUUUCAGCAAUUCCACGGUAAAAUAUGAGAUAAAAGUAGGAUUCAUUCUUUCAAUUUGGAGGUGACUGAAACAUGAAUGAGAACUUUUUACUUGGCUCCAGAUUAACAAAUCAACAGACUUUUAUCCAUUGUUUACUUGUCACUGACUACUAGGUUACUGUUGGUUUCAACCCCCCUUCCCGAUGUUUGUUCUUUCACUCACGUCUAUUAUAAUAAUAUAUUGGUGAUUUUUUUCCCUCAGAUGGGGGUGGAUAUGGUCAGAGUGGUGGGGCAGCAAUGUAUGGUGGAACAGGAGGUGCUAGGUGAGGCAGUUAAAAGGAAUGAUUCCUCUUAUGAUGUGUUUGAGAGAUGAUCAGUUCUCAUUAAAACCCAGCUUGCUGGCAAGCCUUCUGCAGCUAUUUUAAACAUUUAACUCUUGAGAGUGACCAGCAGUUAAUUUCUCCUCACCUUUUCACCCCUAAGUCAAACAUAAUGGUUAUAAGAAUAAGGGAAUUGAUUGCCAACUUAAGAGGUUCUGGACUUUUCACAAAUUAUCCUUGUUUGUACCAUAGAAAACAUGUAAAGAACUGGACAGAGAAUAUGGACACAGAUAUUAGGAGAUGUAGGGUCAAAUAUUUCAUCUCGCUCUAAAAUUAAAAGGUCUAUGGUCUAAAUUCUCAUGGUGACGUACACUUUGUGUUUAUUCCAUGUUUGAGUUACAUCUCUUUAUAGACAGAAACCUUGAUCAAGAGAAACUUUGAGAGGAGGACAAGAACUAAGAGGAAUAGAUAUCAAUUCUUCUUUGAAGUCCUACCCCUCAUUCAGUGCUAUGAUAACUAUAGUAGUACCUGUUGUAAUUUGUCUUUAACAUUUUUGUCUUAGUUAUGGUGGAGCUCAAAGUUACCAAUCUUCUGGUUACCAAGCUCCUACCAGCUCUUACCAGUCAACUGGUUACCAGGCCCCAGCUCAAGGAGGAGCUCCAGCAUAUAGUGCAGCAACUGGAUACCAGAGUGCCUCAACAGGUUACACAGGCUACCAGACAGACACCAGCUCAGGUGGCUACCAGCAAGCAUCUUCAACACAGUACCAGGGGUACGAACAGCAACCUCAGAGUGGUGGCUACUCACAAGCGAGUGGAGGAUCAAGCUACCAGCAACCACAGGGAUACCAACAGACUGGAGGGUAUCAAUCUGGUGGUCAGGGUGGUUAUGGCAGCAGCCAGAGCAGCGGAGGUGGAUACCAAGGUGGUGGGUAUCAAGGUGAUGGUGGACGCAGUAGUGGUGGAUAUGGACAGCAGGGCUCUUCCUAUGGACAAGGAGGAGGAGGAGGAGGUGGCUAUGGAGGAGGAAGAGGGUAGGUUCUGAUUUUCAUUCUAUCACCUAAACUUUACCAGUGACUAUGGAGAUGUGUCCUCUUGAUUUUUGGGUUAGAUUUAAAAAGAUUAUACCUUUUCCUUAGAACUGUGCAUGUUAAAGAUUGGGGGGAGACUGGUGUGCAUUCUUUUAAUUGUUGUUCUGGCUCAAAACUUUCUCAGGAAUUUGUUAUAGCAAUUAAAAAUUAAUCAGAGCAUUUUCUCCGCGAUAUGGGAUAUGGAUAAAUGUUAAAUUUCAAUAACUUCUGUUACUUCAAAUUUGUUGUUGAAUAUGUACCCAGGUUUAGUAGUCUCAAUAAUUCAACCAGGUGGUUCAGGUUUUUGAACAAGAACAAUUCCCUCUCAAUGUAUAGUUUAACCAUAAGGGAAGGUAAAGAAUUGGAAUUGGGGGGUUGAAUACAUUUACAUCAUGUAACUGGUUACUGACUUUCAAUUGUGAUGAUUACAAUCACAGGUGCCUCUGCUCUUUGGAGCAAAAUGUUUUGUAGCAAACUGUAACAUUUUACCCCUAGACAUGUAUUUGUUGCUAGUGAUAGGAUUAUCUUUCUAGUAUCUGAGCUGUGUGUGUAUUGUGCACUUGUAAGCUGUGUGUGGGUUGUAGGGGAGAGUUUCUAAAACAGCUGUGGUGCUGCGUCCUUGGGGGUUGUUCAAGAUAAAUUUUGCUUUAUUAACUAAGUUCAUUAACUAGUUUGGCCACCAUUAAGAGUUUCUAAAGCUGAUGUUUAAAGGUUUAUCCAUUUGUUAGAGCAAAUGGGCAAGGUGUGAAGGGCUAAGGCUUUAUGGUGGUAAAUUUACAUGAUCAACUCAGUUGAUAAAGCAAACUUAUUUUGUGUGUGGCCAUGUUCACUAUUUUGCUUUCUGAUAAAAUCCUAUGGGAAAGACUCGGAGUUGAUUUCAACAUGCCUUAAAACAGGGUGCCUUUAAAUGCACAGUGAAAUUUUGCAUAUUACUUCACAAUUACUGAUUUUUACAAAAUGUAUUUUCAAGAGUGAAAUAAAAAUGAUUCUCUAAAACUUGUAAAAAAUUGGAACAUUAAUUUGGGUCAAUGUAGUUAAUAUUUUUUUGUCAAUCUUUCCAGAAAUUUGAUGAUUUUCCUCUAUUGUGCAAAUUGGUUUAUCCUGUCUUGUAUCCUGUCUUGUGUGGAAUGUUGAAAUCAUUGCUAAGUUAGGGCUGAUGUGCUAUUUCCUUGUUGCACUUUUUAUUAAACUUGGGUUUUAGGGAACUAUUCCUGUGCUUGUGAACAGUGGUCAUACUUAGAGUGCACCGUGUAAAAGAUAUUCACACAAUGGGGUGAUGAAUGUUUUACCUCAUUGCGAAGGGUUUUAAGCACUGGUAUGUCCAUGGCUCAUCCUAGUGGAACUAUUCUGGGUAUAUGAAAUUACAGAUCGUUCAGGCAUUAUAGAAUUGUUGUCCACACCCAAAACCACAGCAGGGUUCAGAAAAGAAUGGGUUGAGCUUGGAUUUUCCCACCAGGGUAGAAAUUGUUCCUAGAGCUGAUGACAAAAAAUGUCAAGUUUGAAAGAUUUAAUGAGAGGAUUUGUUGUCAGGGUAAUAUUUUAUAAAUACUGUAGGGAUUUAACUCUAUCUUUAAUGUGCUGGUAAAGAUAGGCCUUUGAAAAAAAUAAAAAUAAAACAAGGAGGGGUAUGCCAAAAAAAGUGGUACACAAGAUAUUUCUAGUGUCUUGGUGUCUCAGAUAUUUGUUCCACAUAAACAAAGGAACUUCCAGCUGGAAAGACAAUUUCAAAAGUGACCAGGGCUCUCAAAAUGUUUUGAGUGCAUGAACAGCUUUCUUCGGGGUUACAUGUACAUCACAAGUUCCCUUAUGGUUUAGUCAAAGUCCUACGUUGGGCAGUGGUGUCCUUAAUUAAUAAUAGUAAUUGAACUGAGUGGAGUGCAAUUUGGGCUAAAAUCAUAUGCGUGAUUUCAAAAUCGAAUGAGCGCGCAGCGCGAGUUCGAUUUGAAAUCACAAGUAUGAUUUCAGACCAAAAUUACACAACACGAGGUUCAAUUACCACUUUAUUACAUCCAUUUUGAAAUUGCCCAAAUACAGGACUUGGUCAGUUUGAACAUUUUAUUGAUGCAGUACUGAGCCAGUCUGAAAAUUCAUCUAUCUCUUGGGGGGAAAAAGUAAGAGUUUUGGAAACAAAAGUUGCAAAAUUUGCCAUAUGAUACUCUUUGUCUUUCAUUUUUCUGCAAUUUGAUCAGUUACUUUAAACAAGCCUUGAAAUCUGAUUGGUCAUUUCGUUUUUAGUGUAGCCUCCUCGUUGCCUGGGAAAAAGAUGUCAUUUAAAUAAAAAAAUGGUGCAAUUCGUGAAUAAAUCACAUCAAUUACAGCCAAUCAGAUUACAGGGACCACCAAUGAUUUCAAAAUGGAUGUAAUAAAGAGAUGAAUCUUGAAGUAAAAGUUACAGAUAAAUUUUGGAUGAGGGGUCUUGGGAAAAGACUUGGCUUGAUCUAAGUAAAAGAUUAUUAAAAGAAAUCGGUCAUUAAUUUAUUUAACAUUCAUAUAAGGAACAGACUCCACACACCCUGUAUAUUCCAUCUAAAGUGCUUAGGAUAGUUGAUCAGAAGAAAAUUUAUGUGGGAAAAGUGGCUAGUAUAGCUUUGUCUUCAGUGGGUGGCAGUAAAGUUUAAGCACAGCUUGUGAGAAUACUUGGAGUCAAAUUGGGGGAUGGAAUAAAAUCCUAUUUAGGGGAAAGGUCAAGGAGUACUUUUAAAGCCUACCAGUGAAAUAUGCUUGGGGGACAAUGUAAAAUUUCUCUCUACCUUGGAAAAGUAUAUCAUAUGAAAUAAUGAUUCUGACUGAGUUAGGAGAUUUCAAACAGUAACCCUGAAUGAUGGAAAAUUGUCUUCAAAUGUGUUAAAAUUUCUACUCUGCAUGCAGCCAUGUUGAAUCGUGCUUAUCAACCAGGUUGCUUACCUGUUUCAUAACAAAGUCGUGGUCUUCAUUUUCCAUAUCUUGGCAAUCUAUUUGAAAGGUUAGAGCUGCUCAAAAGGGCACUCUUAACUCAAAUAUAGAUUUUUUUAUUGUGAUCAGAGAAGCAGCUGUCGAUGUACUGGGCAAUUUGGCUUUGCAUAUGUGGCAAGAUUACCAAGUCAUUUUCAAAAAUUUUUUUAACACAUUUGAAGAGAAUUUUAGAAUGGUAAAGUUACUCUUUGAAAUUCCAAACUGAACAGUUAUAGGGGAAUUUUACUAUAUACUUUUUCAAUGGCAUAGAGAUAGAAAAUUACAUGGUUCCUGGAAUGCACUCCUCCUGUAACAAUGUAAGAAUUGCAGUAAACUUCAAAACUUGCAACCUGCUACUGUUAUUCUUGACUAAGUUUAAAAUGCAUUUAAAAGAUAUCCCUUCUACUCCCAAGAUCUAAUUAGUAAUUCUCCUUACUGUGUGCUAUACAAUUCUCAUGAUGUUAGUUUGGAUAAUUUGGUAUUGGAUCAACUAAUAAUCCCCUAAUGGAUAUUUUUCUUUCCUCUCAUCGCUUGUCUGGUUGAUAUUGUAUUGAAACUGUAAGGAGAAUUUCUGUUUGGGUCACUCAUGGGAGUCAAAGGGUUAAAUUAAUAAUAAGUAUUGGUGUUUGCUACUAAACUGGUUGAUUGAGGUACUGUGGUACAAGGCAGUGUCCUCCCACUCUUGAUCAUUGAAUUCAUUUACUGGUACUAUACACAGUGGUGGCAGAGGAGGUAGCCGACCGGGUGGAUACAAUAGUAAUAUGGGUUAUGGUAAGUCACAUGAUGCAGACAGGCUCUGUCCUGCAGUUUUAUAACAUGCUGUCUGUGGUGUAAUUCAAUCACUCCGCCAGCCGGUCGGCUAACAAAGCUGGUGUUAUCAUUGGUCAAAAGACUGAGUUUAAUCUUGUUUGGUAUAAGAAAGUGUUAAACAUUCCUCGACUUGCUUGGUUAUUGCUCAUGUCUGAAUUUCAUCCGUGUGGGCAUCAUUUACUGUAUAAGCUAUUGGGUAAUAUUCCAAUUUUGAAUCGGAACAUAAUGGUUUUGGUAUGAUCUUAAAAUUUCUGUCAUUCAGGUAUAUUCAAAUUAGAAGCUUACAAAAAGUUCUUCUAGGGCCACUGGUCAAAAUUAUGGGUUUCUGAAAUGACCUCUGAUAUUAGCUUGCGUCUUGAUCACUGAGCUCCGGAGUUCUUGUGUACUUUGUGUGUGGUAGUAAACAUUUGCUUGGUUGUAUUGCCCUGUAUUUCAAAACUGUUGUCAAGGAUUGUAACAAAUCUUAACAAUUAAUUUUUGUUGUUUACUUCUGAGAAGUGUCUGAUCAUAGUAUUUUUAGUUUGCCUUACAUGUAAAACUCUUAUAGGAUGUUGUAAUUAGGGAUUUAUGCAACUGUUGUUGAACAUUGCUCAAGGGGAUUUUAUGUGGGACUUUUAUGUCCCACAUAAAGAAACAUAUGAGAAUUGCCACCUUUAAGACUUUUCAACAGUUUUUAUCAUGUACCAGGUAUUGUUGAAUAUUUUUGAAAUGUUGAACAACAUUUUUGAGAUAAUGUUUUGAGAAUCAAGAAAGUCUGUUAAGUGAGUCAUAACAAAGUUUGACUUCUCUUCCUUCCUCCAGUGGUGAAUUUUGAUCCAUCCAGGGUACUUAAAUGUCAAAAAUUUUGAAAAGUCUUACUGGUAGGGAAGAGCACCUGUUCUCUGGGAUUCGCUGAAUCUUAGGGCUUCUCAUAGCGCUCUUAAGGUUUUCACUGCAAGUAGUUCUGUGCUUUAGAGGUCCAACAAAAAAUGGCAUGAUAUGUCUUUGGUAUGAUCAAAACUAUAAAAUCAAGGCUGAGCCUCUGUUGUUGUGUUGUUGUUGUUGUUUUUUUUAUUGGUUUUCAAUUUGUGGACUGCAUAAAUUGCAUUUCCUUAAUCCAGUUAUCCAGAGGGCAUAGGGUAUUUCCGAUCAGAAAGAAAUUUGAAUCCCUGUUUACAGUAAUGACACUUGUUACCCAGUGGUCUCUUUGUUGUAAACCUUCUUGAGGAUCUGUUCUUGGAACUUUGUCCUUCUGUUUUUAUCAAUCGCAAGAAGUGGCAAUCAUAUAAAGCUGUAAAUGACUGUGGGUCAAUGUCUGACUAAAAUUGGCACAUGAUUAACAAAAUCUGAACUGCAGCUGUAUAUAAUUUUGGGAGAAUUGUUUACCAAACAAAGAAUAAAAUGGAUAUGUGACAACAGGUUUGACAGAUAGGGUAUUUUCUGGUGACAAAAACAUGAUUUAGAAAAAGGGGAAAUGUAAUAAAAUGGUGGAUUACAUUUCUAUUUUGUCCAAACAAAAUGGAGACAUUGUCUGAUAUUUGUCCUUUGCAGCCUUAUGCCACUACUGUGCUGUUGAAUGUUUGAUUGGUAUUGAGGGAAGUUAUUCUAAUAUGCUGUUGCAUUGUUGUGGUAGAUUGUAUUGAGUCCUCAAUUUCACUGGCACAGAUUUUGAGGGAACAGGGCAUGGUACACAGUCAUAUUUGCUAUAAUAAAUAGAAUCUCAAUUUUCAGUGUUCUUGUCAUGACUAAGUGGUUCUUUUUGUGCUUUUUUUUUAUCUAGGUAACUCUUCUGGAGGUGGACAGCAAGAUCCAGGUGAGACUUUUUUCCUAUGUGAUUGCCAAGAUUAUCGUGCACCUUUUGAUUGGGUGUUCUCAUUCUGUACAGUGAUUGGGUUUAGAUCACCCCAAAUGGAAAUGAGUUUUUUUUGGUUUUGAUUUUGCAGGGAAAGAGUAUGAAACAGAUCAGGUUUUCAUUUCAAAUCUUGCCUCUACGGUUACAGAAGCAGACAUCAAAGAUCUUUUUGGCUCAAUUGGUAUAAUAAAGGUAAUGUGUUUAGGAUGAGGCACUCAGUUUGUUUGUUUCUUUGCUAAGAAAAGAAAAGAGAGGUGCAACUGACACUGAUCUAGCUAUUUGACCAACAAAGCCUUCCACUCAUUAAACAGACAAGAUUAGUGAAGGAGACUCAUUGGCAUAUAAUAACAACGCCUAAAAGGAAAAACUGUCACAUCAGUAAAAUUUAAAUCUAUUUAACAACAAGAUUAUGAGCUGGAGAUUUCUAUCAUGCAUAGCAUUUAAGAGGAAUUAGCCUUCUAAUUUUAGUAUAAAUCUACUAGUCAUUUGAAACUUAAAACAACAGGUCAGACUUGAGUGUGUUUUUAUAUAUUUUUUUUACCAUGGCACACUGUUACUCUACCUAUUGUCUGUUGCAAAAUAGACAGGGAGUAGCAUAGCCAAUCAGAUUGAACCAUUUGUGAUAGACUGCCAGUAGAUUUAUACUGAUAGGAUAGUAUAAGGUUAGUUUACACUGUCUAGGUUUGCAGUUGAGUUUUUAUUACACUCUUAAACAACCUCCAUUUAAAAUGUUUGUCUCAGAUUGACAAAAAGACAGGCAACCCUAAAAUCUGGAUUUACAAACAUCCUGACGGGACUCCAAAGGUAAAAACCAAGUCUUCAUUACACUUGCAGCCUUGUGUUGUUUUGUGAAGAGUGCAUGUAGUGAGUUCAGAUUGUUAUUGGUUUAAAAAUAUUUUUAUUUACCCCAGGGGGAUGCUACUGUUACUUAUGAUGAUCCGCCAACAGCUAGUGCUGCUAUCUCUUGGUUCAAUGGUAAAUUGAUUUACUAAUAAAGCUAGUUGUGACAUUAUGGAUGUCAUUUUAUUGUAAUGCAAUGAGCAUCCUUGCUGUGCAUGAUAUCAUGAAAGAUUGACUUGCUGCAAUUAAUCUUUCACAUUCUAACAUCAGUAUCCAUAUUCUCCAAACUCUUCUUUUCACAUUUCCUUUGGCACCACAGGGCGUGAAAUUGCGCCUAAUACAGGCGCCAAUGCGACUAAAUUUUUCACUUUGGCGACCAAAUCCUGAAAGUUAGUCGCCAAAUUGGCGACUAGAACGUUUCAUCAUAACCUUACCAAGAGAUAUAGUGAAUUAAAAAGAUUUGCAAAGAUAAAUCUGCGGCAAACUUCCUCAUUAAGUUUGUUUCUAAAACGUAGCACGUGCUUCUCGAUCGACAACUAGACGCCAUCUUGGAUUUAGAUGAGCCUGAAUGUUGUAUAUCAUCCAUCCUAGUGUCCACUUUGUAGCAUGUUAAAGAUCUUUUCCCUAACUUAAUUUUGGAGGGUCUAUCUAGAACGCUGACAGCGUAAAGAAAGAUUUUGUUUGUCUUUGAAAAUGGCGACCAACUUUUUUUGAAUUGGCUACCACUUUGAAGAAUUUAGGAACCAAGUGGCUAUCAGAAAAAAAAGUUAAUUUCACGCUUUGCACCAACAAGGAGAAUUUAUUUCCCAAUCAAAGCUUCUUAGUGUGGUGAUCAUUUUCUUUAUUCUCAUGAUCUUAAUGAAUUAUUAAGCAGUAUUACUGCUUACUCUAAGGGUUAAUAAAUGACAGCUUUCCUUUUUGUGUAGAGCUUGUCUGAGAGAUGAAGCAUAAUCUUGUUAACUGAUUUUAGUUACCGGUAGCUUUUAUUUUCUCUGUCUUUUAAAUUUAUUUUCCUUUCAAUAUUUAAGGAGAAUUAGUUUGUAAAAACUUGUGAAAACAUUAUCUUGUGGAACAGAAUCUUGGUUCAUAGAAAAGGGAUUCUAAAGAUUUAAGAAAAUACAGUGAUGCACUGACUUCAAUUCAAAGGAGGUGGCUGUCUGGAGUGUGUUUCAGUGGAAAAAAAGAUGUUAAGAUUCAAUUAUUGUUCAUAUUAUCUCUUCAGGUAAAGAGUUUCUUGGACAGACAAUCAAGGUUGAAUUUGCCGAGAAAAGAGUACCCAAAGGAGGCUUUGGUGGAAGAGGUGGUGGAGGACGAGGAGGUGUGACCUCUUUUAUUAUCGUUCUGUCGUUUAUUUAGUGUGGGGUUGUUGUAAUCAAGCUGUGGUUGUUAUAUGAAAAGUUUUCAAUUGUGUGUAGUAAAUGAUACUGGAUUGGGUUGUAUUUCAUUACCUUUGCUUUCUGAUUGGUCCAGAGAACUCAUGCUUCUCUCCCAACCAAUCAAUCAGUUGCAAAUUGAUAACUAGUUUUUUCCUGUUUCAAGCAGUGACUUAUUUAUGGUUUGAGUUCUUUGUUCUGAUUGAUCAUAGGAUAACUUUGGUCUCCGGAAAGAAAUCUUACCUCCCCCCCCUCAUGUUAGUGCUGUAGUGAAAACAGAUGUUUGUUUUCACCUUGGCACAGAUUACAUUUACUAUUGCUUCUGUUCCUGAAGACCCAAAGCCACUUUUUAAAUAAUAAAGCAAAAUUUUGUAAGUAAGUUAACCCCUUCUCUAUGCAGGUCAUCGUGGUGGACGUGGGGGUGGUGGUGACAGAAGGGGUGGUCGAGAUGACCAUCGUGGUGGUGGUGGUGGUGGAGGAAUGGAAGCUCGUGCUGGGGACUGGGACUGCCCAUCGUAAGUGGAGUAUUUUAUAUGAAUUGCAUUUUCAAGACAAGAGUGGUCCAUGCCUUAAUAUUGUAAAAAGAGUUAUUGGUUCAUGGUGUUAAGUGUCAGUGGGCACUGGCUAAUUAGUAGUUUAAAUUCAGACAUAUGUUUAAGAUUUUAUCUUGCAUCUGGUUGGUGUAUUACUAGAUAAGUGGCUAACCUUGUAUCUUGUACAAAUUCACAAUCAUGGAAUCUGACCUUUUAUACUAGUAAAUUCAUCUUGGAAUGCUAUGUGUUAGAAAGUUAUUUAAGAGGUUAUUAAUAGAUCCUUAGAGGCUUUUUUUUUUAGUUUUUUAAAAUAUUUUUGUUUUGUUUUGUUUUUUUGUGGACAGGUGUGGAAACAUGAAUUUUGCCAGGAGGGACACCUGCAAUCGAUGCCAAACACCAAGAUCUGGUGAUGGUGGUGGGGAUGGUAAUUAUUUUCAAUGUUUGUCUAUUUUUGUGGACCCUUUGCCUAUCUUUUUACAGAUGAUAAAUUGUCACAGUAACAGUACCAGUAUUAUCUGGUGUUAACUUCCUUAUCUUUUGCUCCAGGUGGUGGUGGAUAUGGUGGAAGAAGUGGAGGAGGUGGAAGAGGAGGUUGGGGGGGAGGUAGAGGUGGAGGCAGAGGUGGAGGGCGUGGUGACAGGAGAGGUGGAGGUGGAAGAGGUGGUUAUGACAGGUAAAAUGCUGAGUGUAGUUUGAAAAACAAAUUUCACCUUUAAUACCCAUAUUAUCCAUACUGUUCACUAAACAUUUUCCAUGCUGCUGAUAUAAAGAAAAAAAUUAAAAGCCUCAGAAAUUGUGUUCAAUUCCUUUAUCCUCGAGACCUUAAUGUGUGGUUCAAGGGUGUUAUUGUAAUAGGAAAUCAGGAUGUAAGUUGCUUCCUGGAGUUAUGCGAAAAAUAAAAUUCUAUGAGUCUUUGUGGAAUAGUACUUUAGAGAUCUUUUACUUAGAAAGUAAGAUAACCAUACACUUUAUCAAAGAUUUUUAUCAUGAUAACAACAGCUUGUUUUUGAUAGUUUAGUAACCAGUUAAAAAUAAGAAAUUGCUUGGCAGCUAGCAGUAGGCUGUGUUGUGAAAUGCAAAAGUGGGGGCCCAGUUUUUCCUCACAUAGGUAUUACUAAUGGAAAAUCAAGGAAUUUUUUUUGGUUGAAGUGUGAUUUGGAGAUGUUUUCAGUUCCUCAUAUACUUCAUGUCUGAUUUGAGGGAUAAAAACUUCAGAUACUCAAACACGUUUUCUUUGGAUUAAAAUUACAUUAAUUGGGCUUUUUUGUUUUGUCUUUUUGCCAUUUGCAGACAAGGGAUGAGGCAAGAGCGAAGAGACAGACCAUAUUGAUCAAGUUGCCAUAAAACAUCUACAAGAGGAGCUUGUAGAAGCUCACAUCAUGUCAUCAAACAUGAACUUUCUCAGAAAACUUAGUGCACUGCCCCUGUUGACGUUGUUUGUAAAUUAUUUGUUUUAAAUGGAGAUGUUCAGUAAGAUCAUGUAGUUGAAAUAAAGUUGUUUGCUGAACUGUUCUUAGAGCUAUUCAUAUGUCAGGCUACGUUUAACUGAAUACGUUACAGAUAAUCGUACAAUUCAAAAGUUGUCUCUUUAUUUUUUGAACUGAAAUAUGCCUCACUAAAAGAGUAACCAAAAUUAAUCAUAAAAACUUCAGCCGAAAC